UACUAUUUUUAUCAUUUUAAAACGACUAAUAUAAUUUGUGGAAUGCACGAAUUUAUAACUCCCUAAAAGUAUAUCAAUUCAAGCCUUGAAUCAAGGAAAUUGAUCAGUUACUUUCCUGCUCUUCACUUAUAGAUCUCCUAUGAUAAUUGAUAGAAAGCUUUGUAGCUUUAUUUUUUUUAUAUUUGUUAUUAAAAUAAUUUAAACUUCUGAUUAUGUAAAUGCAAGAAUAAAAUUAAAACAACUGAGAAAAUGGCAUUUAAGUUAACUUCAAGCAAAUGUGCUAGUUUAUUCGAUGUCACAGCUGAAGAUUCAUUAAGGUUAUCAUUAAAACCAGCAUGGGUAUAUUUUUGUAAUGUGUUAAAAAUGAGAUACCCUGUUUUACUAAAGAAUCUGCUAAAAUAUUCUGAUGAAAUAUUUGCAAUAUUAAUUAUGGUGCUUGAGGAGUAUAGUUUUCGUAGAAAUUCUGGUACAGUUACUGAAUGUUUUUAUCAACUAAAGCGUGAAUGUUCCCUUCCAGAGAAUUCCUUUAGAUUCAGGCAUGUUAAAUGGAUUUCGUUAACAUCAGUUGUGUUGUUACCAUACAUAUCAGAUAAACUGCAAAAUUAUUAUGACAAGUUGUUAGCAAACUCAAAUUUAGGUGUAGAGCUUACUUCAUUCCAAAAAUACUUUUUAAAUUUAUAUCCUAUUCUUUUGACUUUUAUUAAAUGGAUUCGAGUCAUUAAUUAUAUACAGUACUUAUUUAAUUACACUUGUCAUCCUUCUCCAAUACUUCGUAUGGCUGGUAUUCAGUUGAAGUAUGGUGUUAAAACAGUUGUAAAAGUAUCUGAUAUUAGUUCUAAAAAAAAAAGUGGGAUGUUUCAAAAACUGUAUUCUAUUCCAGAUUUUACUGCUUCUAUUGUAAUGAAGAUUGCUCCUCUUGUUUUUUAUUCUUUGCAAUUUGUUGAUAUGUUUUAUGAUAAAGAGACUGGAGUUUCCAAAUUAAUGACUUCAUUACCUUUUCCAUCUGCUCCAUUAAUGCCUAAGGUUGCAUCAACAACUCUAAGACUUCCACCUUCAGCUAAACAAUGUCCUCUCUGCCAACUGCCUCAUACGAAUCCUACAACAAUUGUUAGUUCUGGUUUUGUUUUUUGUUAUGCAUGUUUAUAUCGUUAUAUUGAAAAGCAUAAAUGCUGUCCUAUAACAUAUCGACCCUGUGAAUUCACUGACAUGAUAAGAAUACAUAGUUAAAUAAACAAGUUUGAUUA